GAACAAAUACAAUAUGGCAAAGAAGGGCGCCCCUACACUAUUCAAUCCGCGGCCUAGCCGACCUACUCUACCCAAGAAGGAGACCCCUGUUGCCGAUACACCCUCUCCAGGCUCCUCUUCACAGCCUGCUCUCACUCCUAAUCCCCAGUCCGCGCCCGGUACGCCCAAGAAACCACCGGCCGCCACCGCGUCCCCUGCCACUCGCCCUGCGCCACAGCGCCGGGCUCCCGCGCCCAAGACCGAGGACGAUACGGCUCCCAAGCAGCCGGAUGGGCCGUUCACCGAGUACCGGCUGAUGUCCUCGAAGCUGAACGGGUGGAAGUACGACGUGAUGAAGUUCGAGUCGCGGAAGAAGGUCGAGAUCAACGACUGGGCGAGGCCCGUGAAGCUGAACCGGAAGGACCCCCACCGCAACGACCCCACGAUGCAGCCCGCGCAGCAGGCCCUCGCCCACAUGGUCGGGUCUGACGGAAAGCUGGUCAUAGGGCAGGAUGGGAAGGUGGUCAUGGUCGACGCGCUGGGACGGCCGGUGCGUGAGCCCGUGGAGCAGAAGGAGGACAAGGGGAAGGAUAAGGACAAGAAGCCGAAGAGGUUUCAGAAGAAGACGAGGCAGGUCUUCUUGGUUCCGGAGGCGACGAGGCAACUGCGGCGGGAGGAGAAGUUCCCAUGGGUCAUUGAGGAUGGAAUGCAGAAGGAGACGUGGGUGGGGAAGAUGGAGGACGUGUCGAAGUCGCAGACCUAUGCGAUGUUCAUGCCGGCCGCGAACGACGUCUUCAAGUUCGUGCCCGCGCAUCGGUGGUAUAAGUUCCAGAAGAAACCGAGCCAUCAUAUACCGAACCUGGAGGAGGCAGAGUCGCUGAUGACCAAGCUGCAGAAGCGUAAAGACGCAACGCAGUGGGCAUUGCGGCAAAAGACGGAGCAAGCCGCCGCUAGUGGCUCCUCGCUCGUGCAUAACGCCAGUCAGAGUCUCGGGCCUGGCGGUAAGAAGCUCCGGACAGUCGACAGCGGUCCUGGUGGACUGUUUGGCGACGGCGACGACGACGAUGAGGGCGGCGAUAGCAAGCGCAGGGUUAAACGUGAGCUGGGGGCAGAAGGCUUCCUUGAUGAAUUGGACUUUGAGGAAACGUUUGCCGACGAUGAGGACAAGAUGGAUCACGACGACAAAGAAGACGAAGAGACUAAGGAGCUGGAGGAGCGACUCAAAAGAGAGUACAAGACCGCGAACAAGCUUCGCGAGGGAUUCAUUGACGAGUCGGACGAUGAAGAGGAUGAGUCGAAAUUGACCGGGGCGGGCAAGAAUCUCCAGAAGACGCUGAAGAAGCUGGAGAAGGGCGGCGGGUACGAUGAAUCCGAUGAUGAGAAAAACCCCUACGCCAGUUCGCAGGAGGAGGAGGAAGAGGAGGAAGAACCGCCUCAGGUGCACACCGGGCCUGCUAUCCUACCUCCCGAAUCCAAGCCGGGCGCGCCACUGGGCACACAAACCCCACCUGGUCCCCCGACAGGGGCGAAAGCUAUGGUGAACGGCACGGUACCCGUGAAGACGGAAACACCGUCUCGUGCGACCUCGCCUGUUCCCGGGCACAGUGGUCACUCUAUUGUUGCGAAACGCGCUACCAGUCCGAAGGUGCCCAAGCCAAAAACGGGCAUGCCGAGCCGCGCGGGAAGUCCUCUCGCUAGCCCCACAGGCGCGUCGCCCCCAGCGAGUCGUGCCACGAGCCCAGGACGGGCCGACAGCCCUCCGUCCGGGGUUAACCCGCCCCCGGAAGGAAAACUCCUCAAGCGAAAGGCAGACGACGCCAGUGCCGCUUCCUCGGACGGCCCUCCUCGUCCGAAGAAGCGCAAAGCACCUGGGGAGUUGGAGGACCGGAUGGUGAUAGAAUGGCUGCGAAACACGCCUAACGCGACAACGCGCGAGUGCAUCAUGCACUUUACGCGCUAUCUCACCGACGACGCGAAGAAGGCGAAGUUCACUGCGCUGGUGAAGGAAGUCGCGCAGCUCAGUAACGGUGUGCUCGUCUUGCGCCCGGCGUACCGCGGAGGUAAUGCGGGCGCGCCUUCACCACCAGCGGCCGGUUAA